GAAGAAUUGAUGACCAGAAACAAGAGUAUGAGAGAUGCCAACAACAGAAGAAACGCAGGAAAAUAGAAGAUGAGACGAGGCGGCAGGCAGCGCUGGACCGGAAGAGGACAAUCCAAGAGCAGAUUGAAAAGGAGAAUAAAAAACUGAGGGAACUGCUUUCUGAAGCACACGACAGGCUUCAGCUGGAGCUAAACCUCAAAGCCCAGGAGCAUUACCACCAGCAGCACUCUCAAGUCCUGCAUGAGCUUGUGGCGGAGGAGCACGGAAUAGCAAGGGAUGAGGUCACUGAUGUUAAUGACAAGUUUAAAGAACUAUUAUCAAAGUAUGACAUCAGAGAGGAUCAAAAUGUGAAGAUUCCACUGAAAAACAGGAUGAAAACUCUCCAAAAUGAGCUGACAUUACAAUAUUUUAAAGAGCACCACAUCCCCACUUCAUUACAGUGGGCUUUGGAUCAGGCUACUGGAUAUGUGAACCUGUCUCUGACUGAGCGGUUCAACAUUCUGAAGUCAGUUGUGAAGUUGACCUUAGAUGGUGACUCUGAUAUUAAAUGUUUCCUCACGACUGGACAAGACAGGAAGACUGAGUUCCUCUUCAAUUUGCAGGAACAGCUACAAGCUAAAAAUCCAACACUGGCCAGACAGGUGUUAGCAAAUGUUCUGGUUCUGUCCUCAAAGCUGACCCAAUCAUGUAAGGAGAUCCUCUGUCACAUAGUCUUCAACAACAUCUGGACACCAAAAGAAAUCAGGCUUUUCAUUAGACAGACCUCGAGAGUGGAUCAGGAAACAGUCGUAAAAAUCCUCCACAAAGCGUGCACCUACAGGCUGAGCUGUAACGACGCUCUCUCUGCCCUGAAAAAGAAAAAUCCUGUAGACUACAUCCAACAUUGUGUGGACAGAGCUGAGCAUGACAAAGAUGCUGACACACUAUUGGCUGAACUGGAAGACAAAAACUAUCCAGAGUGUGUCCUGUCACUCCUGCGAAAAGUCCUGACGUAUAUUGAAGAAGAGCUACCCAAAUAUGUAAGUAAGCCCAUUAAGGCGAAGAAGAUUGAAGAUUGUAAAAAGAUAAUAAAUUCUCUUGAUUUUAACAAUCAUAAGAUUGAUGCUCUGAAGAAAUGUAAGCUUCUGAGACAACUUGAGACAAAAAUAGAAAAGAAUGUGUCUGUAGAUUGUUACUCACUAAUGGACAACAAAGCCAAACUUUACAGGACGGACAGGUCUCAUGGAGACCCUGACGUCAGCCUGCUUCUCCUGGAGAAUGGCUGUACCUGUGAAAUCAUGUCUGAGGAAUCCCUCAUCCAAGGAGCUGUGGACAAAUUAAAAUCAACAAUUAAAUAUUCUGACCAGUGUUCUGUGAAAUCAUUGGAUGAAUGUAAGGGAUUUAUCAUCGUCCCUUCAUUUUUGAAAACUUACAUUGAGAAUCGGUUACCACUUUUUGCAGAGAACGCCUUAAAAGCCAUCAGAAUGACUCCGGGAAGAGAGUACAUGAUUGAAAAAGCACCUGAAGCUGACACUGGUGGUUUCAGUGAUGCUGAUAGUCAUCAGUAUGAUGCCAUAAUUCCUGUGGACUUUGAGGCCAGUGGGAUGUUGGAGAAAAACAAGCGAUGGGGUGAGGGCCUACAACAGUUUCUGGAGAUGAAGCACCAGCUGGCCAUUUCACAGCUGUCCAAUGUGACAAAUUACAUGUCCAAUGUCCAUUUCUUUAAAAGGUACCUCAGUGGAAAAGGCAUUUUUGGUGUUUCUGGGACACUUGGUGAUGAAGCUGAGAAAGUAUUUCUUGAACGGCAUUACAAAACAGCAAGCUAUGUCAUUCCAGCUCACCGCCAUACGAAGCUUGUUGAGUUGCCAGCAGUUCAGGUGAGUGGAGGCAGCACUCAGUGGAUCCAGGUGAUCUGUGAAACUGCACAGAGAGCUGCAGACAGAGGCCAAGUUGUUUUGAUCAUUUGUGAAGAUGUCAACACUGCAGAUGAGCUGAAGACAAAAAUGGAUCUUCCAGAAAGAGAAGCCAGUGAGAUCACCAUGUACACAAUCAGUGAGAAGCACAACAUUGAGAAACAAAACUUUAGCCGGGGAAACAUUAUAAUUGCUACUAACCUCGGUGGCCGAGGUACAGACAUUAAUGUUCAGCAGGACGUAAAUGAGUGUGGAGGUCUCUUUGUGCUCCUCUCAUACUUUCCUAGAAGUCACCGUGUGGAGCAACAGGUCUUUGGACGCACUGCCCGGAAAGGAAACCCAGGGAUGGUCCAGAUGGUUCUCAACCAGGGCCAUCUUGCACCAGCGUACCAAGGCCAUUCCAUCGAAACCAUGAGGCAUCUCGGAGAGGAGUAUGAGCUCAGACAUUUAGACAGCAUGGAGAAAUAUAAGUGUGACAUUGAAAUUAAAGAAGCUCUCUUCUCCACAUUUUGUGAAUUUCUGUGUGACUUUGACAAGAAUUACACGGUGGAAGAAAGGAGUGACCUGUCCAAGGUGAAACUGAAGGAUGUUCCUGAAUAUUUUAAGAUCCACCAGAACAAGUUUGACUAUCAGACUGCACUGAAUGCUUUGAAAGAAUCUUGGGCUUUGUGGCUCAUCCUUCAUGAAGAGCACAUCAGCAGACAUGAUGAUGUCAGCAAGUUGAGAGAAGAUCUCACCAUAGACUUGAAGAAGACCGGUGACUUCCUUCUGCAGGGGACUAGCUGUAAUUUCUAUGAUUACAUCAAACAGGCAACAAGCAGGACUGACCUGCACUGCAUGAACAAAACUAAAUGUGACUUUGGAGCAAAGACUUACUGGCAGAAAGCUGCAGAGUGUGAUCAUUUCUACAGUGCUGUGGCGCUUUAUAAUCAAGCUUACAUCACACUCAACCUCAGAAAAGGAGACUACAUAGCUGAGGGAAAGAAAUUAUUGGAGGAAGCGCAGUCUGCAGUGGAUUCUGAGAAGAGGGACUUGGAGUCUUACAUAGAGAAAAUUUCUGAUGUUAACCACCCUGCUACAGCUUUGGACAUCCAUGUCCUCACACAAAGUGAUGCUCUGGAAGGCAAAGGCAUCAAACUGGUUACGGUGGAUAACGAUGGGAAGAAGCUUUCAGAAGACUAUUUUCCAGGGAAGGAGGACUCAGCAGGUGAUAUAGUCCUCCAGCUGAAGAAGGAGCCAAAAAAUCCAACACA